CAUUCAAGUGCAGCAAUGGCCUUCUUGUGGUUUCUCUCCUGUCUCGCCUUCUUUGGGGCAGCCUAUGGCUGUGGCGUUCCUGCCACCCCUGUUAUUACUGGAUACUCCAGGAUUGUGAAUGGUGAGGAGGCAAGGCCUCACUCCUGGCCCUGGCAGGUGUCUCUGCAGGACUUCACUGGUUUCCACUACUGUGGUGGAUCCCUGAUCAAUGAGUGGUGGGUUGUGACCGCUGCUCACUGUGAUCCCAGAACCUCUGACCGUGUCGUCCUGGGUGAGCAUGAUCGUUCAUCUAAUUCUGAGGCCAUUCAGACCAUUAAUGUUGGAAGGGCCUUUAAGCACCCUAACUACAACAGCUUCACCAUCAACAAUGACAUUCUCCUGAUCAAACUGGCCAGUCCUGCUCAGCUCAACAGUCACGUGUCUCCUGUGUGCCUCGCCGAAACCACCGACGACUUCCCUGGAGGCCUGAAGUGUGUGACCUCUGGAUGGGGCCUGACCAGGUACAACGCUGCUGAUACUCCUCCCCUGCUCCAGCAGGCCGCUCUGCCUCUGCUGACCAACGAUCAGUGCAAGACUCACUGGGGAAGCAACAUCACUGAUAUUAUGAUCUGUGCUGGAGCCUCUGGUGUCUCCUCUUGCAUGGGUGAUUCUGGUGGUCCUCUGGUCUGUGAGAAGAGCGGAGUCUGGACUCUGGUGGGUAUUGUGUCCUGGGGAAGCAGCGUCUGCUCCACAUCCACCCCUGCUGUGUACGCCCGCGUCACCAAGCUCCGUGCCUGGGUUGACCAGACCAUUGCUGCUAACUAAAGCAGCCAUGAAUACUAUCUUUAUUUUCAUUAAUAAAGAUGUAUGACAUGACCUUCA